GGGUUCUAUGAUUUAGUGUUCAAUUUUUUUUUUUUUUUUUUUUUUAGAUAUUCUAAAUCAACCGAUUAACUUCUUAUUAAACUUCUGAGGAAAUACCGAAAUACUCUGUUUCAACUUUCAAGAAUCAAGACAAGAAGGCGUCCGUCACCUCCUUCUUCCUCCCUCUCUAUCUGAAGCUCUGCCUUUCCAAUCCCACAGGACCAUCUCUCUCUCUCUAUGGAAUGUACCACCGGGUACCAUGUGGUAUUGGAUUGGACCAAAUACAACUAAAGGGCCCGAUCUAGCCGCCGAACAUUUCGAAUACCAAGUUUGGAGUUUGGACUCAGCCACUCGUUAUUCCCUUGCCAUUCGUUGCGCCACUUGUUCUCUAUUUUUCUCUCUCCUCUCCAUCUCCUCUUACUCUGUCUUCUCUUCGACCAUUCAGAUUAUCUCAGUUUGAUUAAAGUGAUUGACGAUUGAGUUAUGGAGCCACUGAUUUGAUUUUCGCGGUUUCCAGAGUUCGAUCUGGUGUGCGCUGGGGGCCGCCAUGACUGCCGCUGGUGGUACUAAUCAAUUUAUAUCCGUCCAUCCCUAUGAGCUCAAGUUCAUUUUUGAGCUCGAGAAGCCAAGCUAUUGUGAUCUUAAAGUUGCAAACAAGACAGAACGCCAUGUUGCUUUUAAGGUUAAAACCACUUCUCCUAAGAAGUACUUUGUUCGACCCAACACUGGAGUUAUACAGCCUUGGGAUUCGUGUAUUAUUAGAGUUACUCUCCAAGCACAACAAGAAUAUCCUCCAAACAUGCAAUGUAAAGAUAAGUUCAUGAUACAGAGUACAGUAGUGCCUCCACAUUCUGAUGUUGACGAGCUUCCACCAGAUACUUUUAACAAGGAUAGUGGAAAGACGAUAGAGGAGUGCAAGCUUAGAGUUGUGUGCAUCAAUCCCGCUUCAGAUCAAAGAAACUCGGGAGAUUUUGCAUUACACAACUCCACACAUAAUCCUGAUACUGACUCUACCUUACGGCGUCUAAAAGAAGAAAGAGAUGCUGCUGCCCAACAAACAGCACAACUGCAACAGGAACUGGACAGUCUGAAGCGUCGAAGAUAUAGGAGAAGCGACCCCGGCUUCUCCUUCAAAUUUGCAAUCUUUGUGGGAAUCAUAGGAAUGUUGGUUGGUCUCCUCUUGAAUCUUUCCUUGUCUUCCCCAUCAACAGAAUGACUUGCCUACAUAUAUGCACCACGGAAGACAUAUUUUCUUGUAUUUUUACAAUUUUUGGGUGUCUUUUUGGGUGGAAAUUUGCUUCAGUUUCUUUUUGUAUAUUGAUCAUUGCAAACAUGUCCUUAAUCAACUGGUUUUGCUAGAUCUUUGUUCGGCCCCAUUGAUGUGUUAAGUGUAGCAUGACUCUGAUUGUAUAGUCUUCUCAUUCUUCGUCAAAGAAUGUUAAUUGAUUGAGAUUUGUGUA